CUGGGGUAGGAAGUUGCGAGUAGAGGAGGCGGUCAGGUGCCCUUCCAACGUCGGAAGAUACCCUCCGUUUCUUCUCCACUCCGUCCAAAUCUCCUCUCUCUCUCUCUCGGUUUUAUUUCUAUAAAUCCUCUCUUCUCUUUCUGCCCUUCUCUCUCGAGAGCUCUCUUGAGACAGAUUUCGGCCGAGGAGGAGGAGGAGGCCAAGAAGUGAAGGAGAAGAGGAAAGCUACUAGUUGUGUUUGGCUUGGUCCACAUGUGGCCCUACUUUGAUCCUGAGUAUGAAAAUCUCAGCCAACGAAUGAAUCCUCCAAGAGUAUGUAUAGACAAUACUACCUGUAGUGACUGCACACUGGUUAAGGUGGACAGCGUGAACAAGCCAGGUAUACUGUUGGAAGUCGUGCAGGUACUGAGCGACCUGGACCUGUUCAUCUCCAAAGCUUACAUCACUUCCGAUGGCAGAUGGUUCAUGGACGUGUUCCAUGUGACGGAUCAGCAAGGGAAGAAGAUAACUAACAAGACCAUAGAGUACAUUGAGAAGGCUUUAGGUCCAGAGAGCAAUAUUCUAGGCACAAAAGGACACUUUUGGCCAGGAAAAUCAGUUGGAAUGCACUCCAUUGGUGAUCACACUGCCAUCGAGCUUAUAGGCACAGACCGCCCAGGCCUCCUAUCUGAAAUCUUUGCUGUUCUUGCAAAUCUUCAUUGCAAUAUAAUAGCUGCUGAGGUCUGGACUCACAAUAUGAGAGUUGCUUGCGUUCUCUAUGUUAAUGAUGAGACCACCUUUCAAGCUGUGGAUGACCCAAGUCGCUUAUCUAAAAUGGAGGAGAAGCUCCGGAACGUUUUACGUGGGCGUGGAGAUGAUGUCAGGGGUGCUCGCACCAGCUUCUCUAUAGGUACGACCCAUGUGGAUCGCCGUCUCCACCAGCUAAUGCUUGCUGACAAGGACUACGAAAUUGGUGGUUCAUUAACAGAAGGGAAUGAGGUCAUAUCUUUCAGACCAGUCAUCACGAUUGAUCAUUGUGAGGAAAAAGGGUACUCUGUUGUGAAUAUAAAGUGCAAAGAUCGGCCAAAAUUGUUGUUCGAUAUCGUCUGCACAUUGACAGAUAUGCAAUUUGUUGUUUUUCAUGCUUCUGUCUCAUCUGAUGGCCCCUAUGGUGUGCAGGAGUUAUAUAUACGUCAUAAAGAUGGCUUCACCCUUGACUCGAAAGAAGAAAAGGAGAUGGUGAUUAAGUGCCUUGAAGCUGCAAUUUUAAGAAGAGUAUCUGAGGGAUUCAGUCUAGAGCUAUGCGGUAGAGACCGAGUAGGCUUGCUCUCUGAUGUGACUAGGGUUCUUCGGGAGUAUGGCUUGACGGUCACGAGGGCUGAUGUGACAACCAUUGGAGAGCAAGCAAUGAAUGUUUUCUAUGUGAGGGAUGCAUCAGGGAAUCCAGUGGACAUGAAGACCAUUGAAGCACUCCGUCGAGAGAUAGGGCACACCGUGAUGCUCAAUGUGAAGAGAGUGCCUUCCAGUGCCAAUGCUCCUCAGCCCAGUCGCUGGACCGGGAGCGGCUUCUCCUUCUCCUUUGGGGGCUUGCUUGGCAGAUUCUGGAGUUGAUUGGAAACAUAAUAGUAGGAUCUCUGGGAAUGUGGCCUUGUAAAUUGGCCCCUUCCUGUCACCUUUACUGUAGAUUGUGAUCUGCUCCACAUGCUCUAUCAAACAGGCUCAAGGUGCAAAUGUGCGCAGGAGUGUGUCCAGUUCCAGCAUGAUUUGUAUGGAGCGCUUGCCACCAAUGUAAAUCCAUCUUUAUAUUAUUCUAUCAAUAAUCUUCAAGA